GUAGAUGUAGUGUCGAUUUUCGUUGAACAAAUAAACGCUAAAUGCCAUUUUUAUAUUUAAUAUAAUGAAGUGAUGGGGACCUAUAAGAACACUAAUAUGUGACGCUCUGGAGGUUAUCAUAUGAUAAUAACGCAGCUUAUUUAUAAAUGUUUGCUAAAAUGAAAGUUGUUGUGAUUAUUUUUAUUGUGUGUGCUGCACAGACGUCGGCGUCAUUUUUUGAAGAGUUCCGAGGAGCGAUGCAUAACGUCCAACAUAGUUUUGGAAGGCUAUUAUCUGAUGUUUAUUCGGAUGUGUCACAAACAAUAGGCUGUACAUUAUUAGCCGUCAAACAAGUGCUAGCGCUAGAUCACUCUUUCCAUGAAUCCUCAGACUACAACCACAGGUGCAGAGGUCUAUCACCCGCAGUCACUCCACAAGUUCCCAAGACUAACAAAGAAAAUUUGCCAUACAGAUACAUAGACACAAUAAAUGCUAAUGAUGAGUUAGGUGAUAUUGAAAAUAAAUUUAAAACUGAAACUGAUCGGUUGUUGGCUAUAAGUACGUUGUUAAAACAUGAAGUAGACAAUAUUCCAAAUGAUAUAAAAAUACAAUUCCAGUUUAACUCUGAACCCCGAGAGCCUGUCGACAGUAUUUGGCAAAAUUUGAAAAUUUUGCAUGAUGUGGAACAUAGUAAUAAAAAUUAUGCCCGAGCAAGCGAAAUACAUCAAGUGCUUGAUAAAGCUCUGAACAUUAUGAACAUAAAGACCACUGAGGUAAACGAGUCAGAUGAUGAUAAAAUUAAAACUAUUGUGAAAGAUUUGGAAAAAAAUUCAAAGAGUGAACUAAGCGAAGCAAAUGAUCAAUUUAAAGAGUGGAAAAAAGAUGAAUUAAAAGAAAAAGUAGAAACCGGUAAUAAAAAUAGAAAAAUCGUUAAAGUUUUAAACGAUUCGAAGGACGCACUAAUAAAGGCAGAUGACCAGUUCAAAGAGAGGAAAAGAGACGAAUUAAACGAAGGUCUGGUCAAAGAUUUGAAAAAGGAUACAAAGGAAGUUCUGAUUGAGGCACAGGAGCAUCUCGAAGAAUGGAAAGAAGAGGAAAAAGAAGUAAUCGAAAGUUUUAUUAAAAAUGAUCAACAAACAAACGAAUCUCCUCCUUUGAUAAAAACUACAGAUAACAUUUAUACGAAAAUAAAAAAUAUUGAGUUCAAUAAAAAAGAAGACACAAGUGCGGCACCUCCUAUAAAAAUUACUACUCUUUCACCAGAAUUUGAAGCAUUUCAAAAUUUAAUUCUUUCUCAAUUUGGGCAAAUGGAUGAUUCUAAAAAUGCUGUAGACGAAGCUACGAAACUUAUCCAAGACAGUAAAUAUCGAAAUAAGGUGUUUGACAGUGUGGCAAAAGCUGAAAGUGCAAGUAGAUCCGACCGCGCUGCCGCCGCGUCGAAGGCAGCUGGCCCGCGCCGAGAUUGAUCAUAAUGGCUAUGAAAUUGGAACCAGUUGGCGAACUCGACAUAAACGUGUGUAAUUAUCUAGUUUUUUAUAUUUAGGUAGGUAUAUUUCCAUUAGUUAUCAAUAUAAAUUAUUUAAACAAUAUAAAUAUGAUGUAGAAUUUAGAUUAUUUAUGACAUUUGUAACACAACAUGACAUUUAUUUAUACUCGUAUGAUGAUAAAAUAGAGGAAACGUUAGUAUAUAUAAGAAAUUGUACUGCUUGAGAAUCAAAUAUUGUGAUUUUAUGAAAUAAAAUUUCAAUUUCUA